CACUGAGCCUCUGUGGCCGCAGGAAGGCUCCUUCAGUCCGGCCGCUGUCUCUGCAGUCCACCCUGACGAAACGUAACUUGAAUGAAACAACAGGAAGUCCUUCGCCGGAAAGCAGAGUGGAGGGAAAGACCAAACUCACGGACAUUUUGGCAGCAUGGACUCCGAACGCCAAAGCGAUGUGGUGGAGCGUCUGGUCAGCGAACUCGGUGCUCUGCUGAAGAUGUUGGAUCACGAAAGCAUCAGCCCAGCCACAGCAGACAAGAUGGCGUCCGUACGCAACAUCCUGGAUGCGCUGCAGGUGUCAGUCGGCAAAUCUGAUGUUUACAUGAACAGCUGUCUCUAUGGCAACGGCACCAGCUUUGUCGAGUCUUUGUUUGACCACUUUGCAGACUGUGAUCUCCAGGCGCUCAGCACCUCCCCUGUCCAGCAGAGGGAGCACACGGAGGAAGAGGAGGAGACGCUUCCAGAUAAAUCGAGGCCCACUGAUACGCCCCCUCCACUGCCUGCCACUCCCCUCCCUGAGGACUACUACGAGGAGGCCGUUCCUCUUCAUUCAGGCUCUGCCCCCCAGUACUUCACCACCAACAUGGACCCAGCUUCCAGGAACUCAGAGGAAGACGCCUACUAUGAAGAUGCAGACAACAACUACCCAACCACUAGGAUCAGUGGGCCUCCCAAAAACUCCUAUAACGACUCAGACGCUUUGAGCAGCUCCUAUGAGUCGUACGAGGAGGAGGAAGAGGAGGCCAAAGCACGGGGUCCUUCCCAGAGAUGGACCGCUGAUGAGAGUCCAGAUGGGCCGGUCCGGGACUGCAGAAUAUGUGCUUUCUUGUCGCGGAAGAAGCGCUUUGGCCAGUGGGCCAAACAGCUGGUGGUGGUUCGAGACAACAAACUGCAGUGCUACAAGAGCAUCAAGGAGAGCACGCCCCAUACAGAGCUCCCCCUCAACCUGUGCAAAGUCAUCUAUGUCAACAAGGAGGGCCGCAAAAAGAGACACGAGCUGCGCUUUUCCCUGCCGGGUGGAGAGGUUCUGGUUCUGGCUGUGCAGAGCAAAGAGCAAGCCCAACGAUGGCUCAAAGUGGUGCAAGAUGCUGGCAGCCAUUGUGGCAACAUUGACGGCCUGAGUGGAUCCACCUCUCCCGUAGUUGACAGAAAGCUGGAGCUGGACAAGGCUGACAGGCAGACGUCGGACUCGGACAGCGGACCAACAGCAGAUUGUCAACCAGCCACACAUGGACCAGGACCUGGGUCAGGACGGAAUGCUGGCGACACACUGACCAAAGGAAAACGGGGCGCCUUUUCAGAACUGACAGGAUCGAUGAGCCGAGCAGCCGGGAAGAAGAUCAACCAAAUCAUUACCUUCUCCAAACGCAAGGCGCCGUCUGGUCACCAUGACAACCCUCGCUGUGGCUAUCUGAGCGUGUGUGUGGGCGGAGUUUGGAAGGAUCGCUGGUGCGCGGUGCGAGCAGGAAGUCUCUACCUGCAGAGGGACCCCGGCGACCAGCGGCCCCCUGUAAUGGUGGUUCCCCUGAGAGGGAGUGAGGUGGUCCCGGGAGGGUGUGGCCCCAAACAUCCCUUUUCCUUCCGCAUCCUGCAGGGAAGCGCAGAGCUAGCGUCCUUGGAGGCCAGCUGCUCUGAGACAUUGGGGCGCUGGCUGGGCGUCCUGUUUGCCGAAACGGGCAACGCCACGCUACCUGAGGAGCUUCACUACGACUACAUCGACGUGGACACGCUGACGGACAUACGCCAUGCUGCCAGACACUCCUUCCUGUGGGCCACGUCCGCCGCCACCGGAGACUCCAGCACAUAUGAUGAGGUUUAUGAAAGUGUGGAGGAUGAGGAGGAGGAGGAGGGCAGGGCCAGAGGUGGCCAGGUGAGACGCCAUGCCUCCUUUUCCAGUAGGGACUCUGAGAAGACAGAGCAACAGGCUGCCAUCAAGAGACACGCCUCCAACGUCAACCAGUACGGACGCUAUGGGAAACUGCGGGCAGAGGAGGACGCCAGACGCUACCUGAUGCAGCAGGAAGAGCUAGAGGGGCAGAAGGAGCAACUCAGACACGCCCUCAUUUCCCUCCGCAGGGAGAAGAAGGACCUGAAGACAAGCGGCGUGACAGAUGGUGUGGUCGAGCGGCGGCUGGCUCAGCUGGAGGCACUAUGUAAGCAAAAGGAGGAGGAGAGGGUGGAGCUUGAGCUCCGACUGACUGAAGUCAAAGACAACCUCAACAAGUCACUGGCCAGGGGUCAACUAGCUCCACCCACCAACGCCACUGUCAGCGCCAAGACGCAGGGCAGCAAGUUGGACAAAGUUUACAAUGACAUCAUUCCCGUCAAUUCAGCGUCCGAGCUCCGCAAACGACCUCCGUCGCUUUACGCCUCCUCCAAGGGUAAUGUCAUGCAAAAGGCAAAGGAGUGGGAGUCAAAGACGUGCACAUAGACGCUAAAAGAUGGAGGAUGCGGACAAAAGGAAAAGACAAAGAGGACGAGGGGACACUUUGCGUGUUUGGUAGGUUAGGUGGAGUCACACGUAGAGGCCCCUCCCCCCCAGCUCAUCGACAUAUCAUUCGGAAACCAAAGUGACUGGCACUGACAGUGCAUGUGAGCACGCACAGCGGCCACCUCCACUGAUUUGAUUUAAUGGAAAAGCAAAAGUUGUAAGUUAUUAUUAUUGUUAUGACUAUUAUUGUUACUGUGUGAAUACUGAAGAGCAUUUUCUUUCUUCUAUUUAUUUAUUUUUCCUAUUACGUCCUGCUCAACCGCUUCCUGUUUUUUUUUUUUCCAACCAAUUCAAACCAAACAAGUUCAGCUCAUUCCGGUCACAAAGGUUAUCAUUUCCAAAAAAACUCCCUCAUUUUCCACAACAGAAUUCCCAUUGAAAAUGAAAAGUUCCCAAUUCAAAGCAUUCACACCUAGAAAUACACUACUUUUGGACUAUUGAGCUUUACACAUUCCCAAUUGGCUCAAAAUUCCACCCCGUUAUUCCAUAUUUUCUAAACAGGAUUUCAUUUCAGCUGCUCUUCAGCAUUCACACACAAUUUGUAAACAAAUUGUCUCGCUUACUUCUUAUUAAUGUUGUUUCUACUGUUGCACUUUAUAUACUGUUUUACUUUGUGUUACACAACUUUAACAUAAAUACUUUAUCAACAGAGA